UUUGUUUAUUAUUUUCUAGUAUCCUUUUUCUUACUCUUAUUAAGACCCGAUCUCUCGUCCCUCUCCCUCUUCUCGCUCCCCCAAACCCUAGCGCUACCAAUUCCUUAACUCAUCAACCCUAGCAUUUAGUCAUCGGGACAUAGUGCGGUAUAUGUGCGGCGCUCUUCUCCUCGAUCCUUUUCGCCACUGUUUGUUUGUAGGAGAUGUAGUUUCCGAAUGAUUCAAUGACUGAUAAAGAAUACUGUUUAGAUGGAAAAGGGGAGCGCAGAAUCAGUCCUAUCGUGUGUUCAUUGUGGCAAACCCGCCCAUCUCCAAUGUCCGAAGUGUGUCGAGCUAAAGCUUCCUCGAGAAGGUGCUGCUUUCUGUUGAGACUUGUUCAUGCACGCUAUUUUGCGUGGCGCAGUUCACAGGAUUGUUUCAAGGUGGCUUGGAGCUCUCACAAGUCUGUACACGCAAAGUUAGCCACAGCUGCAUCAGAUGUCUCAUCUGAACAAUCUGAUGAGGGUUGGCAAUACUGUUUGAGGAAAGGCCAGAUGCGUACAUCAAAACUUCCUUAUUUUGAUUGGACUGGACCAUUGAGACCGUAUCCAAUAUCAAAAAUGCGCGAGGUGCCUGAAGGAAUUGAAAAACCUGAUUGGGCUGUUGACGGAAUCCCUAAGAUUGAGCCCAAUAGUGACUUGCAGACGAGAGUGGAGAUCAAGACGCCUGAGCAAAUUGAGAGAAUGAGAGAAACAUGUCGAAUUGCAAGGGAAGUUUUAGAUGCAGCUGCUCGGGUCAUCCAGCCAGGAAUUACAACCGAUGAGAUUGAUCGAGUAGUUCAUGAGGCAACAAUUGCUGCCGGAGGAUAUCCAUCUCCACUAAACUAUCAUUUCUUUCCAAAGUCAUGCUGCACGUCAGUUAAUGAAGUCAUUUGCCAUGGAAUCCCAGAUGCUAGGAAACUUGAAGAUGGUGACAUUGUAAAUGUUGAUGUAACUGUAUAUUACAAAGGCGUCCAUGGUGAUCUUAAUGAAACAUACUUUGUUGGCAAAGUGGAUGAAGCCUCUCAGCAGCUCGUGCGUUGUACCUAUGAGUGUUUGGAGAAAGCUAUUUCAAUAGUUAAACCUGGAGUUAGGUUCCGAGAGGUUGGGGAAGUCAUUAAUCGACACGCUUCCAUGUCAGGACUCUCUGUAGUAAAAUCCUACUGUGGUCAUGGAAUUGGAGAACUGUUUCACUGUGCCCCAAAUAUUCCUCAUUACGGAAGGAAUAAAGCAGUCGGUGUUAUGAAAGCUGGGCAGACUUUUACAAUUGAGCCAAUGAUAAAUGCAGGAGUUUGGCGUGACAGAUUAUGGCCUGAUGGUUGGACUGCAGCAACUGCUGAUGGUAAACGAAGUGCUCAAUUUGAACACACACUUCUGGUGACUGAAACUGGGGUUGAAGUCCUAACAGCACGAUUGCCCUCGUCUCCAAAUGUCUUUCCUUGGUUGAACUCUUCGUAGUCACAUUUCAUCAACUUUACAUGUUCAUAUCAGUUCAUAUCAGCAUGGAACGCAUUACUGGGCCAGGAACUACAUUACAAUUGCAUUCCCUUGUUCGAUAUGAUUGUGACUUACCCAUCGAGAAAAUAUAAGCUAUCAAAAUACCAGCUUUUGGCCUGUGACGGUAUAUAUCAUUGCCAGCCUAAUUUAUUUGUUCAAUGAAGUCGAAAUGCCUUUGUUAUUUGCUUGAACUUGUAGAAGAGGUUGCGACAAGUUGCACUUGAGUUUGUUUUGCCUUCCGGAACAUUUUUGUGUUGCAUUUGAAUUUAAAUUUUGUUUGCCCGUAUGCAUACAAUGCUGUUCCAGUCAAUGCAUUAAUGUAGCAUUGUUGUUUGGGUAGAGUAAAUUAAUGAAUGUGGUUUGCGUACUUAA